UGGGCCGGCAGGUGUCUCGCGGCGCAAAGGGGACUUGGGGUCGUGUGCCCGCCGCCCCCAGCGCCCUCGGGGCUCCCUGCGCGGGCAUGGCGCGCAGCCUCCGGAGCUGGCUGGGCAGCUGCCUCGUGGUGUCAGCAUUAGGCAUGGUACCUCCUCCUGAAAACGUCAGAAUGAAUUCGGUUAAUUUCAAGAACAUUCUAGAAUGGGAGUCUCCUGCUUUUCCCAAAGGGAACCUGACUUUCACAGCUCAGUACUUGAGUUACAGGAAGUUCCAGAAUGUGUGCACCAGCACCGCCCUGACAGAGUGUGACUUCUCCGUCCUCUCCAAGUACGGCGAGCACGUCUUGAGAGUCAGGGCGGAGCUCGGAGAUGAGCGCUCCACCUGGGUGAACCUCACCUUCUGUCCUGUGGAUGACACCAUCAUCGGGCCUCCUGCGAUGCAAGUAGAAGCACUUGCCAAUUCGUUGCACAUCCGUUUCUUAGCCCCCAGAAUUGAGAAGGAGCACGAAACCUGGACCAUGAGGAAUAUUUAUAACUUGUGGGUUUACAAGGUGCAGUUUUGGAAGAACGGCUCUGAUGAGAAGUAUCCACUUGAUUGUCAGCAUGACUUUGAGGUCCUCCGAAAUCUGGAGCCGUGGACAACUUACUGCAUUCGAGUCCAAGGGUUCCUUCCCGACCGGAACAAAGCCGGCGAGUGGAGCGAGCCUGUCUGUGAGCGGACCGCCAGCGACGACACAGCCCCCUCCUGGGUCGUGGUGGCCGCCGUGCUGGUGGCCGCGGUGUGCGCCGCCUGCCUGCUGCUCCUGGGCUGCUCCGCCCUGCUGUGGUGCAUCUACAAGCGGACCAAGCACGCCCUCUCCCGCGGCAACUCGCUCCCGCAGCACCUGAAGGAGUUUUUGAGCCAGCCUCAUCGCAACAGGCUUCUCUUUGCCUCCUUCCCGCUCUCAGACGAGAAUGAGGUUUUUGACAAACUGAGUGUCGUCACGGAGGUCCCUGAAAGCGGCAAGCAGCAGGAUCCCGGGGACAGCGGCAGCCUCAGGCCACCGUCGGGACGGGACCUGCCCACCAGCUAGUCUCCGAGGAGGGGCACGCCCUGCGUCCCACUGCCACCUCUGCAGGCGACCAGAGCGGCCACCGAGGGCCCAGGCGCCCCGGCAAGGCCCGGUCCGGAACUCUGGGACCCGGGACCACGUCUGAACAGCCCAAGAGCAGGACCGCAAAGGCUCGCUUGGCCACAGGACUCCACCUUGGGACUGGCUGCUCAGUCCCAAGGCCUCCGGGGUUGAAAAACAGCCACCCACUGUGGCUGUUGUUUUCAGCCUCGCAGCUCACUCCCACGAGGAACAAGUUUCAAUUGUGAGAAACAGACACACUUACAAUGAGAGGCAAAAACAGGUGCUCUAACGUCCGACCGGCCUGCCGACGGGCGGUCCGCGAAGCCGCGCGUGCAGAGCGCAGGCUUUGCAUUCUCAGAGCUUCGUUUUUCUACCUGUCCAUGUUUUCUACAGGGCUGGGCUGCCAUUAGAGUUUUCUUCUCUGUGCCCUGGCUGGCGUGGCUCCGUGGGCUGAGCGCCGGCCUGCGAACCAACGGGUCGCCAGUUUGAUUCCCAGUCAGGGCACAGGCCUGGGUUGAAGGCCAGGUCCCCAGCAGGGGGCACACAAGAGGCAACCGCACAUGGAUGUUUCUCUCCCUCUCUUUCCCCCUCCCCCUCUCUCUAAAAGUAAAUAAAUAAAAAUUUUA